AUGAAUCUUCACUGCAGAAUAGAUGAAGUUAAAAAUUCAGAGAACUUGCAAAAUUCCAGCAAAAAAACAUUGUGCCAGCGUUUAUCUGGUGAAUUCCUCAUGCCAGUCAAGCAUGAAGAACGGGGCCGUAGUACUGUGAAGGUACUCUCAGUAACCCAGAUGAAACAACAGGAUGGUCAGUGCGGGGCCUUCCGGCGCUGGGCCUCGAGCGGCGCAGAGGCCGUGAUGAAACACUUGCAGAGCAACGACGUCAAGCUGCUGCUGUCGAGCGCGAAGCAAGGGGAGCUCGUUAUCCACUACGCCAAGUUGCACGGUGUGUCCGUGGUAGAGUGCGUGUCGCCGGAAGAAAUGGCCCUUAUCAGCAAGAUCACCGGGGUCUCACCUUGCGACAGCCUGCGCGGAGAGAUCGCCGAAACCGUGGUGGCAACAUUUUGCCAGCCCCUGCUGCUGGGCUCAAAGAGGUGCGUUCACGUUGGCUUCGCCAGCGCGGGCGCCUUUCAGCCCCAUUGCCUCGUCCUCUGCGCGCCGGUCGACAGCGUGAACGAGCAGCACGCAGCUGCUUUGCAAGAGGCAUUUACCAUGCUGCAGCAGCUGUUCAAAAGGGUCGAUCAGGGGGAGGGAGGCGAAGCAGAACGUGGAAGCCAGGAUGGGGCCGCAGAUGUUUGCAGCUGGUGUUCUUCAGCUACUCGGAAGCAGCUCGUGAUAGAAAAUACUUCUUGUAACGGUCAUGGGGUGUCUGAGCAAGGACUGGAAACACGCAGGGGUGAAGCAGAGACACGGACUGCAGAGCCCAACUUGCGGGGAAGCGGAAAUCCAGUGUGUGUGCAAACAGACCUGCGAAUGGCCUCAAAUCCUGCCUGGCACGCCAGAGCGCUUGGUGUUGCCGCUGAAGGAGAGGGCACUUCAGGGGAGGUACAGGAACCGCAGGCAAGAAGCGGGCAGCCAGGUGACCCGCACGAGAACCAUGGACGUGACUCGCUUGCGGGCAGCCAAAAGAAUCACAGCAGCAAUGCUAAUGGAGUCACUGCGUGCGAGCACCUAGGUGUUGGCAGAGAUCUGGAGAAAACAAGUUGCGAUGCAGCUCCGUUUAAACACAAAAAGAGUUGCGUAAGUAUUGCGCAGAGUUGUUCCAGCUGCCUCAUAGAGGCAGGGUCCGUGUUGCCGGUAGGAGGUUACUUUGAAAUCCUCUUGCAUUAUUACAUUCGGUACUACGCAAAGCAGCUUCAGCAGUCAGAGCUGACUGCCAUAUCUAAUGUAGUUGCGGAUGCUUUGCUAAGUGUUCCCAGGACAUUGUACAGCACAGAACGAAACGGCUUUAACAAAUUCUAUCUCGAAACCACAAACGCGCUCAGAAGAAAUGAGCCGCUGCCUGUGAACGAGAAAGGCUUAGAAUCAGUGUAUUGCAAAUACCAGUUAAUCAUCUCAGUUCUUCAUUGUGUUACAGAGCUGCUUGCCAUAGAUUUAAUAAUUAGUGUUAAGCGGCCACUGCAAAAAAUUGAGGAUAAUGACUCGGAAGAUGACUGUUGA